AUGUCCGUGCUUGAGGCCUUCAACAAUCUCGAUGUGGCCUCGGCCAGAGAUGUUUCGGACCACGAGGCGAUCUAUGAAAUUUCAUACCAAUAUCUUAGCACUGCCGCUAAUUUCAACCAUUCUGUUUCAUUCAAAAACUGUGUGGUUGCCUUGAUCAAGAUGGACAAGUACUACAAAGCUUUGGACUUGAUUCUGAAAACAAACGAAGACGUCCUCAAGCAGUUUCCUUUGGAGGUUGCCUACGUUUACUACAAGGUUGGCGAUUUGGAGAAUGUCAGAGCAAUUUACGAAUCCUCCAGCAAUGGCGACUCAGAUGAUACACUCAGCAGAGCCUUAAAGCAUGUCUUGGCUCAGACUUUGUAUCAAACAGGCCGUGUGGCUGAGGCUUUAAAAAUCUAUCAUGAAUUGAUUGCUUCCCUCAAGUUCGACAGUGAGUUGGACUUGGCGUGUAAUGAGAGAGCCAUUAUCUUCCAACUUGCGCUCCAGGAUAACAUCAGCGAACAGCCUCACUUCAACCUCCCUGCUUCAAAACAGAGCUACGACUACCACUUUAAUGACGCCCUCAUCGCAUUGGCCAAUGGUAACACUUCCAGAAGUUUAGAAUUGUUGGAGCAGGCAUUGGAGACAUGCAACAACCAGAACAGUGACUGGCCAGAGGAGGAUUUGGUUUUGGAGACCGCUCCAAUUAAGUUGACCAUUGCCUACAUCUACCAAACCACCGGCAAGUCCAUGGAGGCGCUUGAAUUGUUGAACUCAUUCGAUGCAGUGGCUGUGUCUGACUUGUUGGUGAACGCCAUUCUCAAGACCAACUACUAUUCGGCCUUGCCUGCUCAGGAGAACCUCAACUUGACCCAGAGGUCCCUCAAUUACAAAUACUUAUUGCAUAACUUGAGACUCAAGUUGACCCGCUCUCAGUGGCUGGUCUUGUUGAAGAACCAUUUACUUUUGUCAUACCAGACGAACACACUCUCUAAAAACUCCAACUAUAUCCAAAACGCUUUUGCGAAAGAGUUUGCCCAAGAGUUUAGCGGCGACUUCUCGCCGUUGGCUUACAAGGUUCUUGUGAGAUUGCACAUUUCCUUGACAGACUUGACUAGUGAGGAGACUAAUAAAGCCGUUGGCAGGAAGUUGAGCAAAUUCCUCGCUGCCGAACUCGAGAAGAAUGAAGUAACUGAUAUCAUCAUUGCCGGUGCUUUGCUCCUAGCAUACGUGAACUCCAAGUUCGGCAAUUUCGACCAAUCUAUUAACGUUCUAGAACGUAUUGUGGCAUUGGAACUCGCUUCUUCACAGGAUGUCCAGCUACAUGCUGGUGUUUUCGGUAUUCUCAUAUCUUUGUACGAGAUCCGUAACCCUAACAAGUUGGAUGCAUUAUACUCUGAGUUGCUCAAUAAGCUCGAAAGCGUCAAGGACCAAGUUAAGGAGAACGAUGUUUUAUACGACUUCUUCAAGGCUUUUGCGUUCAAGCUUUUGAACGUGAACCAAAAGGAACAAGCUCAAAAGGUUUUCGAAUUCCUUGGUGAGGUUAAGCCAAACGAUGCAGUGGUCUCCAGCAUUCUUACCGGAUCCACCGACAAGUUGAAGCCCGUGGAGGAUUUGGAGUCCGGCCUUGAGGUUUCCAACCUCCUCGAGUUGAACGUCGAGACCUUGAUUGUGAAGCAGGAAUCUAGGUCCAGGAAAUCGAAUGCUUUCAAGAAGCAUGAUGAUAAGGUCACAAAGAAGACGAGGAAGCCAAGACUCCCUACACUGAGAACAUUGAAACCAGAGAACGAAUUCGAUCCAGAGAAUGAUUUGGACAAGGAGAGGUGGCUUCCUUUGAAGCUCAGAUCGUAUUACAAGCCAUCUAAGAAAGAUAAAAAGAAAGCCGGUGGACACCAGGGUGCUCUUGAAUCAUCACCAGCUCCUACGAGCGAACUGAAGAAGCUGAAGAAAAAGAAGAAGGGUAAGAAAUAA